GACCCGCACACUCACACACACACGUCUGGCAAAAAUAACAAUUAGGCGAAUAUUUGUACAAAUUCAAAAGCGAGCAAGCAAUUUGUUAAAUUAGCCAAAAUGCAAAUGCUGUGUGAGCGUGUAUCCGCGAUCCUUGCGGGUGCCAUUGUGGGCAUGUGGUAUGCCAAGACCUUUCCCGCAGAACAGAAAAAGGAUGGUGGCAAGGACAAGAAGGGCAAGGGGGACAAGAAGUAGGCGAAGGCACCUACCUCCAUACCAUCCUGUGACCUUCCACCACUAUUAACUGCUUGGGGCAAACCAUUGGAACACAGUCGUCGAGACAAAGCCAUCAAAUCAGCUGACAAAAUUCAGUUCUCGUUCGACUUUCAUCUGCAACGUUCCGUUUUUUGUUUCGACCAAAAUUGCUCCAUGUUUUCAUUCUUUUUGAACUU